UCUCUCGUACACUCCUAUACAACUCAGCCGAAUACAGUCGAUGGCAUUUUCAUAGUUAUAUCGCGCUUCAUAUGCUUUCAUUGUGGCCAAGCUGAAUGAUUUGAGACAUAUUUGAGGUGUGGGCAGACAGUUUUGUUGCUGUUUAAUAUUAUUUAUCAAGUGAUUUGGAACGCAUAUUUUUCAAACUACACAUAGCUAACAAGAGAUAAAACGAAAAGAUAUGUUAAUUUAGAAAGAGGCUGUGAAAACAGUGCAGUGAAGUGAAAUGAAAACGAUUGUGUGCCGCAGUGAAGUACCAUUGGUGAUAGAAAUUUGCAGAAAGAGUUUGCGCACCACAGAAAAGAUCGUAAAAGCAAUCCAGCCAUUCAGUAUAGAGUAAUAUUUCUUCAUACAAGUCUUAAUAUUUUUGUGCACUUCCCAAAAUGGAACUAGAGUCAAGCAUUGCUAUUCUACAGGAUUUGCGUUUGCAUACAUUCGACUCGAUACGUUUUGCAUCUUACCGCACGGCCUCCAAAUUGCGUUACAUACAAAAGUCGACAAAUUUACACUUGGUCGAUAUUUGGAAUGUAAUCGAAGCAUUCCGUGAGAACGGUUUGAACACAUUAGAACCGCAAAGUGAAGUGAGUGUUGCACGACUAGAGACGCUCGUCUCAUCACUCUAUCAUAACCUCAAUAAACGUCUUCCCACGGCUCAGCAAGUGCCCGUCGAUUCGAAGGCUGGACUCUUACUCAAUUGGCUAUUAGCGGCGUAUACAAGUGACAAUUCUGGCAAAAUUCGUGUAUUCUCAAUCAAGGUGGCCUUGGCAACUAUGUGCUCUGGCAAACUGGUGGAUAAAUUGAGAUAUAUCUUUUCGCAAAUAUCUGACGGCGCCGGUCAGUUGGUGCCUUGGAAAUUAGGCGAAUUUUUGCGCGAAGUGCUGGCAUUGCCUGCAGCUGUUUAUGAAUCUCCAACAUUCCACUAUAAAGACGGGCUGGAGGAGGAAAUAUUUCCAGCUGAAAACAAGGUCACAGUGAACGAUUUCAUGGCAACACUUAUGUCUGAACCGGGCCCAUCGUGCCUUGUUUGGUUGCCGCUGUUGCAUCGUUUGGCCACUGUUGAGACAAUUGUGCAUCCGACAAUCUGUUCGGUAUGUCAUAAGGAGAACUUUACGGGAUUUCGUUAUCGUUGUCAGCGGUGCCACGCCUACCAAUUAUGUCAAGAGUGUUUUUGGCACGGCAAGACAUCACUGAACCAUCAGAAUGACCACGAAGUCAAAGAAUAUUCGAGUUAUAAAUCGCCCAGUAAGCAGAUCGGCCAUUCGUUGCGGAAGAGCUUCCGAUGUGUGCCCGAGAAGACGACACAAGUGUUGCCACGAUUCCCUGAGCAUCCCGAAAAGACACUGAAUCUCUCCCAUAUUGUACCGCCAUCGCCCUUGCCGUCGCACAAUGGUUUCACCGAUCCGCCGUUACUGCAUGGCGGCGGGCCAGGUGGUGCACAUAGUGGUGGUCUGUUGUAUGAUCGCUCCAGUACGUUAGAUUCACGUGCUACUGGACGCAGUCUCGACAGUGCCACCGGUGCUAGUAUGUCACGCAUGGCCACCGCUUCGGCAAACGAUGAAGAACAUCGCUUAAUUGCACGCUAUGCCGCACGUCUUGCCCAAGAGAAUCGCGCCCCAGUCAAUGCUGGCAAUGCAGAAAAUGCAAGCCCCAUUGGUUCGGAUAAUUCGCGUGCGCAACGCGAACUAAUUGCUCAACUUGAAGCUAAAAAUAAGGAGAUUAUGCGCGAAAUAGCCAGACUGCGCCGUCAACAGGAAGUUGAGCAAAUCACACCGGAGAAUCCAGCGUUAAUAAACGAGUUGCGUGCAUUGCGUCAACGCAAAGGUGAGCUCGAGGGUCAUUUGGGCGCCUUGCAGGAUUCACGACGUCAACUAAUGGAACAAUUGGAAGGCUUGAUGCGCAUGCUAAAAAACCAACAAACAACCUCACCACGUUCCACACCCAAUUCCAGUCCACGUUCGGGCAAAUCACCACCCAUGCCGGGUGGCGGCGGCUUAGGAGGAGUGGGUGCAGUAGGUGGUGGUGCUAAUUCUCUUAAUGUUGCAGCAAUGCACUCCCAACAGGGCCAACCAUCGCCGCACUCUUUAAUGGGUGGCGGUCGCCCAACGCAGCAGCAACUACUGCAGGCACAACAGACUGGGGCGCUUCAAGCGGCACAACAACAGUCCUUCAAUACAAGUCAACUGGAACAAUUGAAUCAAAUAAGCAAUGAAGUGCGUUCCGCAUUUACAGGCAAUACGAGCUCAAACUUUGAUGAAUUGCAGUCGUAUAACAAUGAAUGGAUCGUUAAGGCAAAUGCGAGUAAUCAUUGGCAGGAACAGUUUGCCCAAUGGAGAUUGCAGUUUCAAAAUGAGUAAAUGCUAGUAAAGAAACAACAAAAGCAGCGCUUAAGUUUACACUUAGAUUUAUUUAAAAAGCAAAACUCUUUACAAUGCUUACAAAGGAGAAAAAUGAAGUAGAAGAAAAAAAACAACAACAUGAAAACGUAGAUACAUAAUGAAAAAAUAUAUACUUAUAGUAUGUGAGGGAAUUAUUUAUUUACUUUAACUAUUUAACUAUUCCAUGUGAGCGAACUUCAGCUGAAUAAUUUUUUUAUUUUUUAUUGAGUGUUAAAAAAUGAUCCUUGUUUGAUAUUCGGAUGCUAACUUAUUUGUAAGUGGUAACAUUAUGUGCUUAUAAUUCUAAUCUAUGAGAAGAAAACACUAAAUACUUGUAUUUAAUUAAGACAUGCAAAAUAAAGACUCAUAAAUGAAUAAAUAAAAUAAAUAAAUACCAUAUACGAUACCAUAAAAUUAUAGUAACAAUUUAAAGAAAAAAAAACAAAUUCUAAAUUUAAAUAGCUUGAUUUUAAUUUAACGUGUUUUAGAAGACGUUUUCGUGCGUCACAUUUUAGUGUUUUUUAUAAAAAUAAAAAAAAAUAUAAAAAAACUUUCAAAGAUACAUACAUACAUAUAUACAUAUAUAGGAGAAGAACUGCGAAGAACUUUUACAAAUAUUUGCUCUAAAAUUUGUACUCAUAGGGUGGAUAUUAUUUAUUGUGAAGACACUAUUUUCAAUUAAAAAAUAAAAUUAAAAAAAAAUUUCAUGAACUGAGCAAAGCUCCAUUUUUUUCUUUUUUAAAUUUAUUUGUUGCAUAUAUUUUGGAGACUAAGCUGCAGAAAAUUACUAUAAUUUUAAGCGCCAGUUUUUCAAUGCAAGUUUUCAGCUAAGCUGGGAUAAGUUUUAAACUUAUGCUGUGUCUUUUUCUCGAAAAAAAUGUCACCUUUCGAAAAUGUUGAAUAUUGCAUAUGAAAAAAACAAGGCAACAAGGAGUUAUCCUUCACAAAUUAUGUAUUAAAUAUAUUGAAAUACAUAUACAAGGUGGCUCAAAAUUAAUUAUUCUAUUCAGCUUUGAACAACUUUUUUACUAAAAGAAAAAUUAUUUUAACUGGUGGAAAUCUUAAUUUUGACGAGAAAAGAAAACUCUGUUAGUUUCAAAACGCCACACAAUUAACCCUUAAAUGACCAUUUUCUUCUUUUAUUACGAAAAAGUGUACUCGUUCGGGCGGAGCUUUUCAUUUCUCAAGGUCAUUUUUGUCCAAAGAAAUCUGGAUUUAGGAAAUCAAGAUUUUUUUCGCAGAAGAGAAAAUUUUUUAUAGUUAGGCCAAUUUAUUUGGUGGCGCAAAGUUAAUCAUCCAACUCGGUUUUUGAAUCACUUUUUUAGCUAAAUAAAAAAAAAAAGUUUUAAUAGAUGUAAAUGUUUUGACGAGAAAAGAAAACCCUAUUAGUUUCAAAACGACACAUAAUUAACUUUUUGGUUUUACGAAAAAGUGUACACGUUUUCAUAGAUUUUUUAAUUUCUUAAGCACAUUUUUACCGUAGGCAUUUAAGCAAAAAAUGUAACUCAUAAAAAAUCAUAAAAAUCAAAUUAUUCGAAGAUUUCCAUUCAAAAUACGCAUUGCAAUUAACCCUCUUCAUAUUUCUAUUAUAGCUAACGAUUUCAGCUAUUAGGUAACCUCCUAAAAUUUAAUUUUCUAUAAACUUAUGGAGAUAAUCUUUUAAAAAGGAUCCUCGAACAGGACAAAAAAAAAACCAGACCCGGGUGCCAAACCGAAGGUUUUAGAAAAGGUGUCCAACGGAGAGAUAAUGGAAACCACAAGUUUUCACAUUUCACAUUUAGCGCAUUUAUAAAAUUGGAUAGAAAAUACGCGCAACAUAAGGAAUUGUUUAAAAAAGUAAUCACGUAGUUCCCCCACAACCACGAACUUGUUCUUAAAAGAAAAAGUUUGGUCCCUGGUGGCACCACCAUUUAAUUUAAAGGUUAAAAUUUCACUGAAAAACUGGUCUUUAGUAUGAUUUUGCAAAAAGUAGCGUUAGUUUUUAAAAAUCUAAUAGUUUUGAAAUGCUUUAUAAAGCAAAGUUCCACGCAGUUUUGCAGAAUUUUGACAAAGCAAAUUAAAUCGACUUAACAUUUUGUUAACUGCUUCUACUGUUAAGCAAUAAAUUGAUGCACUCAAGAAUCCCUUUGGACAAAAAUUUAACUAAAUUAAAAUUUUUUUAUGGAAAAUCAUUUUAAUUUUUUUUUACGGUUUUUGCUAUAAUUUUUUGUUUAGUAAAAUAAUAAAUUGAAAAAAAUUUUCAGUGAAAGAUCAUGAUUUAUUAAUCUAAAAGCAGCUAAAGUUAAACAAAUUGUUUUAUAAAAAUUUUAUACAAUAGAAUUUUUUACUUGCAGUUAUGCGAAUUUAUUUGCUGGCGCAAAAUUAAUCAGCCAGUUUUUUUUGAAUAAAUUUUUUACCAAAUAAAAAUUAUUAUUUGAAGUUGUGAAAAUCUUUAUUUUGAUCUUUACGCGCUCUUUUGUACGUUAUACGCCAUUUGCUAAAGUAAUAAAUUUUCCGAUAGGGUGACUAAUUUUGCGCCACCUUGUAUAUACAAAUGUAAAAACGAAUAAAUCGGAUAAAAUUUUAUUUUCCACAAAAAAAGGGCUUGUUAAAAUUUGAGAGAAAUUUUUGCUUUUUAAAUAAGUAGUUGUAGUAGCAUAAACAUUUGAAGUGACAGUCCUUGGCCGGAUAUAAAUCCGGGUCGUUCCAGUAACGUAAGAACGGACUAUCGUGGGAACGUUAAAUAAGUUGUCGUUUAAUUCAGUUGAGACUCUUAAAACUACUUUUUAAGUUAAAAAUUUGACAUUAUAAAAAUUAUUGUUACUUUACUAUGCAAACUAUGCAAAUUAAAAAAAAUAUACAUUUUAUUGUUCCAAGUGAAGUUUUAACAAAAAGUAAUUAAAUGGCCGCCGUAGCCGAAUGGGUUGGUGCGUGAUUACCAUUCGGAAUUCACAGAGAAGUCGUUGGUUCGAAUCUCGAUGAAAGCAAAAUUAAUGAAAACAUUUUUCUAAUAGGGGUCGCCCCUCGGCAGGCAAUGGCAAACCUCCGAGUGUAUGUCUGCCAUGAAAAAGCUCCUCAUAAAAAUAUCUGCCGUUCGGAGUCGGCUUGAAACUGUAGGUCCCUCCAUUUGUGGAACAACAUCAAGACGCACACCACAAAUAGGAGGAGGAGCUCGGCCAAAAACCUAACAGAAGUGUCCGCCCCAAUUAUUUAUUUAUUUUUUUAAUUAAAUGGAAAAUAUUUUGUUCUUUGCCUAUGAAUUAAAUUUAAAUUUCUUAUAGAAUUAAAUGCAACAUAAUCGCAAAGGCUAAUUUAAACAAAGAGCAAUGAAGCUGAUAAUGAUAUUUGCCUUGAAUACUUAAAAAAAAUUACAAAAAAAUCAAAAUAUUUUUUCUUAUUUACAUAUAUUUAUAUUUACUUGCCUAAGAUAUGAGAAAAAAUAAUUUUUUUAAUUUACAUAUAUGUAUUUAUGAUUACUUGCCCAAGAUUAUAAAAAAACUAUUUUUUGCUUGUUACAUUUAAUAGUCAAUAAUUUAUAUAUUAGUAAAAUCAAUUAAGUGCAAAAUAUUUUGUCUCUCAAACAUUCAAAAACAUUUUUAAAAAUUAAAAAAAAAAAAAAAAUGUUUCCAAAUAAUAAUGUCCACCAUUUACAACCAAAAUUUGUUUGUAAUUUAAAUUAUCUGCGCAGUUCUCAAACACACACACCCAUACAUACAUACGUACACGCAUGAGUAUUAUGUAGCUGCAAAGUCUACACAAGUCCAAAAGUGAACAAUUUGUACUUAAAACCAAACAGAAAUAAAUAGGAAGAGUAAAGGGAUGUGACGAGUUCAAUAUUACAAUAUUUUACGACAUAAGAUCGUUGAAAAAAAAAAAAAAAUAAAAUAAAAAAGAACACUAAAG